GUCAUGAAUUUCAACGGAAUCAUCAAACCCCAAGCGGCUGUCCCUGGAGAUCCAUGGUCCAAGUCCUAACUAAUUCCCCUCCAACUUAAUCCUCAAGCAAAAAGAAAACCAUCUUACUUGAUUCUCCACUCACAUUCAUACCCUCUUUCCUCCGCCCCGGUUCCUCCGUCCGCGGCCUUUCCAUAUCAACAACAUAAACAGCGCCACCACUACCCCCGCCUCCAUCGAGUUCCUUAUAUCACCCCUCCGCCGUCCCUGUAACGCCAAGAUAUAUACUUCUUCGGUUGGGAGAUCUGUUUUUUUAUUUUUUUAUUUUUUAUAAUUAUUUUUAUUCUCUCUGUUUUCAAUCCAGAAAACAGAGCAUCCUCUUUUUGGGUAUAAAACAGAGAUGCAUUGUAAGUAAAUAUGAACAUGAAGAGCAUAAAACUGCUGAGUUUACUGAUUUUCAUAGCUUGGGCGGCGCCGUCUUGUGUUUUCUUGGAGGACCGCCUUCUGGUUGGCAUGACCCUGGUUCGAGACGCUGCGGCUCAUGGCGCUGUUUGCUUGGACGGGAGUCCCCCUGCGUACCAUCUCCAUAGAGGAUUCGGCGCCGGAGAACACAAUUGGCUUCUUCAGUUCGAGGGUGGUGGGUGGUGCAAUGAUAUCCCAUCUUGCCUGGACAGAGCCAAAACUCAUCGUGGAUCGACACGUCACAUGAGCAAAUGGGAAGUUUUCUCCGGCAUCUUAAGCAACAACGCCUACCUCAAUCCAGAUUUUUACAACUGGAACCGAGUCAAGUUGAGAUACUGUGAUGGAGCCUCAUUUGCCGGAGAUGGCAAGUUUGACAAUGGGACAUCAUUGCUUUAUUUCAGAGGACAAAGAAUAUGGGAAGCAAUUAUUCGUGAUAUUCUUCGUAAAGGAUUAGCAACUGCAGGGAAUGCUUUGCUUUCAGGUUGCUCUGCAGGGGGUCUUGCAACCUUUUUGCAUUGUGACAACUUCAGAAACUUGUUACCACUCAAUACUAAUGUCAAGUGCUUGAGUGAUGCUGGUUUCUUUCUGGACAUAAGAGAUAUAAGUUUGAACCCCACCAUGAGGUCAUUUUUUGAGGAUUUAAUUUCUUUACAGGGCAUAGAACCCAAUCUUCACAAGAAAUGCACCCAAUCCUUCGCCUUUCCAAAGUGGUGUUUUUUCCCACAGCAUGCAUUGAAAUAUAUAACAACACCAUUUUUUAUCUUGAACUCUGCUUAUGAUGUAUUCCAGUUUCAACAUGGUUUGGUUCCACCUUCUGCCGAUUUACAUGGACAUUGGAAUCGCUGCAAGCUUAAUCCAGCAGAGUGCAAUGCAACUCAAAUUGAUAUAUUACAAGGUUUCAGGCGUGGAAUGCUUGCUGUUUUGAAUCCUUUCUAUCAAGAUUCAGGAAGAGGAGGAAUGUUCAUAAAUUCAUGCUUUGCUCAUUGUCAAAGUGAGUCACAAGACACAUGGUUUGCUGACAACCCUCCCAGAGUACAUAAUAAGACCAUUGCAGAGGCAGUUGGUGAUUGGUACUUCAACAGAAGGCCGACCAAAGAGAUUGAUUGUGAAUACCCUUGUGACAAUACCUGCCACAACCUAAUACCGCCACCUCCUAAGGUUUCUCAGAUAAUUCCUUAAUUCUACUGAAACAAAGAGGAGUUUUGACAAAUUUCUCUUGCUGUCCAAAGUGUUUGAGGCAAGCUACCCAAGGAGGAAUAGAAAGGAAGUAUACAUAAAUCAUCAUUCAUUAGGAAUUUUAGCAAUUCGAUUGCACAGAAUUCAGAAUAAAAAAUGAUACAUUCAUAAAAAGAAUUAAUAAAAUUUCAUUUCAUUU